AUGUCAGAUGAUCUAGAUAUACUACUACCUCAUGACUUAGAGUUUGGUCAAGCAGAUUUAUUUCAAAGUAAUGAUAAUCACGUAUCAAUAAAGAGUCCAGAAUUUAAUGCAGAAAUUAGAAAAAACCCCAAUAAUAUAGAAUUAUGGAAAAAUUUAUUUUCAAACUUUGAUGAAUUAAUAAAUGAGAGCAUAUCACCAGAAGAUUCAACAAAAAACUCAUUGGAUGAAGAAACUAAAACUAAAAUCCACAAUGCAUAUAAGACUUUAUUAUCAAGGUUUCCUUACUUGGAAGAAAUUUGGAAAAAUUGGACCAUUGUAGAAUUCAAAAUGAAUGGUAAAGAAGCUUCAAUUGAUGUUUUACGAUUGGCAGUUGAGAAUUUCCCCACUUCAAUAGCAUUAUGGUCUGAUUAUUUGGCAGCUUUGAAAACUACUGAUGUUUAUGAAGAUAUUGAAAAAUUUAGAUUCAUAUAUAAUGAAGCAUUAAAGAAUAAUUCAUAUCAUUUCAAUUCAGAAGUCAUAUGGGAUAAAAUAUUUGAAUUUGAAUCAGAUUUGGCGAAAAAGAAAGAAGAUGUAAAAUCUACAGCAUUAUUAGAAUUAUAUUUAAAAGUUAUUCAUAUUCCAUUAUAUCAAUACGCAAGAUACUAUACACAAUUUUCGGAAAUCAAUAAAAACUACGAUAUAAAUUUAUUACUACCUCCAGCAGAAUUACAGAAUUAUGCUACGAAAUUUGGUAAAACAAAACCAGAAGAAUUAUCAUUAAUUGAAAAACAUCAAAUUAUUGAUGAUUAUUUUUCAACUGUUUUCAGUAAGACUCAAUUUAAAGUAAGUUCAAAUUGGGAGUAUGAACAAUCUUUACUACAUCAAAAUUUUGAGAUUGAUCGAACUGAAAUUGAUAAAGAAUUUAGAAUUUGGAUUGAAUAUUUAGAUAUUGAAAUCAGGAUAUAUAAGAAUUUACCAUCUGGAGAAGAAUCUAAAAUUCAAUUUGAUUUAGUUGUAAAUUUAUUUGAAAGAAGUCUAAUCCCAAACUGUUAUAAUAGUGAUCUUUGGUUGAAAUAUAUCAAGUUCAUUUACAAUUCCAAAACAUCAGAAGAUGAAAAAUUUGAAAAACAACAACAAAUAUACUUAAGAGCAAAUUCAAAAUUCAUACCACUAGAUAAUAAUAUAUUAAGAAUAAUGUACUCCAAAUUCUUAUUAAGUCAUAAUAAAUACGAACAAGCAAAUGAAUAUUUAUUUGAUUGGAUGAAAGUUUUUAGUGGUAUCUCUAAACAAUAUUAUAAAUCAUCAUAUUUGGAAAUAUGUAAUGAAAUUAUAUCGAAUUGGCAAAUUCUUAUAACUGAGAACGAUUUACAAACUAUACUUGAACAAAUCAUUAACACAUAUUUUGAUAUUCGUGAACCUAAAAUAAAAAAAGAAAAAAAGGAAAAAGUGGAAAUGAAAGAAGAGCAACCAAAAGAAGUACCGUCUGAAAAUCAUUUGCAUUUGUCAUUACUGAAUGAAUUCAUAAACUUAUUCACAAAAUUCCUAAUCGAUGAUUCAAUUCCAUUAAUAGUCAAUACUCUACUCAACAUAUACAAACUUCAAAACCAACCAUCAAAAAUAAGAAAAUUUUUUAAUCAAAACCACAAUCAUAAAUCAUUAACCAACUCACUACAAUUUUGGAAAUUCAUAUUCGAGUACGAAGCACAAGUUCAAAACAACUUGGAAAAUUUAAAAUCCAUUUAUCAUCUAAUAACAACGGAAUCAAAUCUACCUAAAUCUUUCUUGAAUAUGUUUAUUGAUUGGUAUUACGAUAUAGUAAGUGCAAAUAUUAUUGAGUUUUUAAAAUUAAACAAAAACAAAUCUGAUGAAACUUUGAUUUUAAAAGAUUUAAAUUUAUCAAAUUCUGUAUACUAUAAUAAAAUAAUUAGAAAGAAUCAAGAAAAAAAUAAUUAUAAAUUAAAUCAAUCCAAAAAAGCUAUAGAUGAGGAUCCUUAUACUAAUUUCAUAUCUAAACAAGUAGGUCAUCCUGGUGUAUUUGUUGAUCAAACUCCUGAAAUAACUAAUAAAUUCAUGAAUGAAGGUAAUUGGAUUGAUUUAACUCAAAAAAAUAUACAAAUACCUCCAUACCCUACAUAUAAAGGGGUUGAAAAAGCACAAGCUCCAAUAAAAUAUCAAAAUGAUUAA